CAGAACACCUUUAUAGGUAGGAGUGAGGCAGCGUGAGCGCUUUGAUACAAUUGGUCAGAGCGAAGUGAGGAACUGGUUUGCUUGACGCGUGUAGUCAGAAAAGAGUUGUUCCUUAUUGGUUAAUUCUGGGAAACAGUUUAGAGGCUUUCCAAGUCUUCACCGAUUACAGGUAUUCCAGAGAAGCGAGCGGAGGUAAUUCUGAAGGCUCAUCGUCCGAGAGAAGAACUGUGUCACGUGACAGACACGCCGAAAUGAUACCGAAGCGGUUUGGUCUCCCCUUGACGUUGUCGCUGGUGCUGUUUGUCUGUGGGAGUUCACACGUCCUGGCAUUCGAUCAGACAGAGGAAAACAAGAAUGAUGAGACACAGAGUGAAACGCAGGCUUCGUCCAAAAGCAACAUAGAUUCCAAGCGUACGUUCGAUUCCAUAGCAACCGGAAGUCACUUUGGUGGCUUCGGUAAAAGGCAGUUUGAUGCCAUUUCAUCAGCGAGUCAUUUCGGAGGAUUUGGAAAACGAAACUUUGACCCAAUCGACGCCGGGAGUAGUUUUCGUAGAUUCGGCAAGCGUCAGUUUGACUCAAUUGACUCCGCAAGCAGUUUCCGACAGUUCGGCAAACGAUUUCUCGAUUCGAUAGAUUCCGGAAGUAGUUUCCGCAAGUUUGGAAAACGCCACCUUGAUUCGAUAGAUUCCGGAAGUAGUUUCCGCAAGUUUGGAAAACGUCACCUUGAUUCGAUAGAUUCCGGAAGUAGUUUCCGCAAGUUUGGAAAACGCCACCUGGAUUCAAUAGAUUCCGGAAGUAGUUUCCGCAAGUUUGGAAAACGCCACCUUGAUUCGAUAGAUUCCGGAAGUAGUUUCCGCAAGUUUGGAAAACGCCACCUUGAUUCGAUAGAUUCCGGAAGUAGUUUCCGCAAGUUUGGAAAACGCCACCUGGAUUCUAUAGAUUCAGCAAGCAGUUUUCGCAAAUUCAAGAAACGUGACGUAUCAGCAGCCUGGAAUGACGUAAUCAAACGCCGAUUCGAUCGAAUCGGUUCCUCGACUGGUUUCGGAGGGUUCGGCAAGCGGUACAACCUGUACCCGGGAUUUCCGUACAACGUCGAUCUCCCGAUGCAGAAGAAUUUCGCGCCAAACACAGAUCUCACGAAAUUGAUAGAACGCUUCCUUUCGCUUCUUCUCGCCAAAGAAUACGAGAACGAAAACGUCAACAGCAAUAAAGGAUACGAAACCGCGGCUUAUAACAUACCAACUAACAAACGGUUCGAUGCUAUUGGAUACGGAAUGUUUGCCAAAUUUGGCUGAAAAAAAAUCAUAAAAGCCAAAAACGGUGUUGGUUGAGCUUGAUCUUUAUGUUUGAGCACUAGUGUGUCCAAAUCAGAAAACAAACAAACAAAAUGUAAUUCAAGAUAUUAUUAAGACCACGGAUAUAUAACUGUAUUUAAAUAAAUCUUUGGGCAGAAA